AUAAACUACGCUCUGAGGGCGGAAGUCCGUUCGCUUCUUCGAACCGAAAGUGAAAAAUAUCUUCAACAGGCAGACAUUUUCGGAGAAUCAUAACCAGGAACUACAGUAUUUUCAACUACUCUCCUUCUGUAGCAGUCGCGAAUAUUUCGCUUCAACUGGACACAUAUCACACGGUAAAUAUUGCUAAUUUCGAAGUGAAAUGAGUCUCCAUGACAAGAGUGAGGAUCAAAGACCGAUAUCAGACUCUAUAGUUUCCAGCCAUGUGUCUCUGAAGAGUAACAACUCCAUGCUGGAACCUCCUGUUUUGAGUGAUGAAGCAUCCACCUCUGACUCCAAAGUGGAGAGAGAUGGUCUGAUAAGAUCUAUAAAGUAUUGUCAGACCCAAAUCAGACUGCAGGACACACAAGUAGUCCUGCUUAAGGAAACUGGUGACCAGCAGAAACCACUAUAUAAUGUUCUUCAAACAGUCAAAGACCAGCACAAAACCAGCAUGAAGAACAAAUAUGAGAGAUUAUUUGAGGGAAACAAACUACAAGAGAACCAAACCUUGCUGAACCGCAUCUACACCCAGCUGUACAUCAUAGAGGGAGAGAGUGAAGGAGUGAAUGAAGAACAUGAGGUUUUACAGAUGGAGAAAACAGCCAGAACAAAACACUCCCAACACACUCCAAUCUACUGCAAUGACAUCUUUAAAGAGGAGAAAGAGCAAAUCAAGACUGUUCUUACUAAAGGCAUCGCUGGAAUCGGAAAAACCGUCUCUGUGCAGAAGUUCAUUCUGGACUGGGCCGAGGGAAAAGACAAUCAGGAUGUAGAUUUCAUGUUUGUGCUUCCAUUUCGAGAGCUGAACUUGAUCAGAGAUCAUCAGUACAGUCUUCACACACUUCUGCUGGACUUUCAUCCUGAACUUGAAGAUCUGGAGCCCAAGAUUUAUGAGGAGUGUAAAGUUGUGUUCAUCUUUGAUGGUCUGGAUGAAAGCAGAAUCACACUGAUGUUUUCAGACGCUCAGAAAGUUUGUGAUGUGACUGAGACUUCAUCAGUGGCUGUGUUGAUGUCAAAGCUGAUGAAAGGAGAGCUGCUUCCCUCUGCUCUCAUCUGGAUCACCUCCAGACCAGCAGCAGCCAAUCAGAUCCCCUCCAAAUACAUCAAGCGUCUGACAGAAAUUCAGGGAUUCACUGAGCCUCAGAAGGAGGAAUAUUUCAGGAAGAGAAUCAGUGAGCAGCAUCAAGCCAGCAGAAUCAUCUCACACAUCAGAAGAGCAAGAAGCCUCCACAUCAUGUGCCACAUACCCGUCUUCUGCUGGAUCUCAUCCACUGUGCUUCAGAAGCUCCUGGAAGAAGAUCUGAGUGCAGAAAUCCCUCAAACUCUGACUGAAAUGUACAUCCACUUCCUGCUGAUUCAGAUCAACAUGAGGAAUCAGAAGUAUGAAGAGAGAGAUCCAGAGAAACUCCUGCAGUCCAACAGAGAAGUGAUUGUCAAACUUGCUGAAGUGGCUUUCAGACAGCUGAUGAAGGGCAAUGUGAUGUUCUAUGAGGAGGACCUGGUUGAGAGCGGCGUAGACGUCUCUGACGCCUCAGUGUAUUCUGGGAUUUGCACUGAGAUCUUUAAGGAGGAAUCUGUGAUUCAGCAGAGGAAAGUCUACAGCUUCAUCCAUCUGAGUGUUCAGGAGUUCCUCGCUGCUUUCCAUGUGUUUUACUACUUCAUAAACAACACCAAUGAGGCACUUUUUGAUUCACUCGAAACUCUUCAUAACAGAGUAAUUAAUAAAGCCAUUGAGAGUGAGAGUGGUCAUCUGGAUCUGUUCCUGCAGUUCCUGCUGGGCGUCUCACUGGAGUCCAAUCAGAGACUCUUCCAGGAUCUACUGACACACACAGAGAAGAGCUCAGAGAGCAUCAGGAGAAGCACACAGUACAUUAAAGAGAAGAUCAGAGAUGGACAUGGACUCUCCACUGAAAGAUCCAUCAAUCUGUUCCUCUGUCUGCUGGAAGUGAAAGAUCAGACUCUGUCCAGAGAGAUUCAGGAGUUUGUGAAAUCAGACAAACAGUCAGAGAAGAAACUCUCUCCUGCUCACUGCUCAACAAUCGCCUACAUGCUUCAGAUGUCAGAGGAGGUGCUGGAUGAGCUGGAGCUCCAGAAAUACAACACAUCAGAUGAGGGCAGGAGAAGACUGAUACCAGCCGUCAGCAACUGCACAAGAGCUCUUCUUGCUGGCUGUAAUAUCUCUGCUCAGGAUUGUGAAAUUGUGUCGUCAGUUCUUCAAUCCUCAAACUGUGUCCUGAGAGAGCUGGACCUGAGUAACAAUGACCUGCAGGAUUCAGGAGUGAAGCUGCUCUCUGAUGGACUGAAGAGUCCAAACUGUCAGCUGGAGAUACUGAGGUUGUCUGGCUGUAUGGUGACAGAGGAAGGCUGUGGUUUUCUAUCUUCAGCUCUGAGUUCAAACCCCUCACACCUGAGAGAGCUGGAUCUGAGCUACAAUCACCCAGGACAAUCAGGAGUCCAGCUGCUCCAACACACACUGGAGGAUCCACACUACACACUGCAGAAACUCAAUUUUGAUAAUGGAGAACAAUUGAGGAUCACGCCAGGACUACGAAAAUAUGCAGUUGAUCUCACACUGGAUCCAAACACCGCAAAUGCUAAACUCAUCCUAUCUGAGGAGAACAGAAAGGCAACUCUAGUAGAAGAGCCACAGACAUACCCUGCUCAUCCAGACAGGUUUGAGCUCUAUGAACAGGUUCUGUGUAAAGAGAGUCUGACUGGACGCUGUUACUGGGAGGCUGAAUGGAGUGGAUGGGUUGAUAUAGCAGUGACCUAUAGAGCAAUCAGCAGGAAAGGAAGAAGUGAUGACUGUGAUUAUGGACUCAAUAAGAAGUCCUGGGCUUUAAGCUGUAUUAAGGGCAGAUACACUCUCUGGUAUGACAAAGUCAGUGUAGAAAUUCCGGUACCUUUUUCAAAAUCUACCAGAGUGGGUGUCUAUUUGGAUUGGCCGGCUGGCUCUCUGUCUUUCUACAGCGUCUCUGACACAAACACACUCACACACUUACACACAUUCAACACCACAUUCACUGAACCCCUCUACUGUGGGAUUGGGGUUUUUUAUAAUAACUGCUCAGUAUAUCUGUGUUAGAUUAAACAACCUACAACAGCGAAUGCACCAAAUUAAAACAAACUGUUUUUCUUUAACACAGAUUUGCAGGAACUUCUUGUGCCUUUAGUCAAAUCUUGUAAGUCAGACUUAAACGUUAAAGAUUCUUUAUAGCAAACUGUGUCUGUGUCUGACUAUUAAGUGUUUUUGAAGUUUUUCAUUUAUAUUCAUUAAAAUGAUUUAUCAUUUAAUUACUUAUUCUGUACAUUAUAUACAUCAAAUGAUAUAUAAAUAAUUGAAUUGGACAUUUCAUGUUACAUUUUAAAAAGUUUUAUGAUAAUUAAAAGAUAUUUAUCUUUUAUACAUUUUUUUAACAUCAAAUUCGUCCACACAAAAAAUGAGUAUCGGGUGACUGAAACCAAAACUUUCUGAAUACUUCAACCAGGCUGAAGAUUUCUCGAAACUCCAGCUGCAGUGUGGUCGCUACAACCACAGGUUUUUCCUCAUGACAUCAUUGCAUUGUUUUCUCCAUUCUGAUUGGCUAACACGGCUGGGUUCACACCAAACACAAAAGAUGCAAAUGAGAUGAAAUUCCACAUAUUUGCUACAAACACACUGUGUGUUCUGUGUCAUUCGCACAACGGGAUGGUAUUUCACCUCUGUUCUUAUGUUUGCGUUGGCUUGUAUGAAAUUUACUCACAGAAAAUGCUUAAUUCACAGCUUGAUGUGAAGCCAGCAUAUCAGUGUCAUUAUCUCCACCUGUUGGUUUGGAGUGCACUACAGUGUGCGUUUGCAUCUUCAUGUGAAACCGAAUCGAGGAAAACAUUAUAAAAAUAGCAGUGAAUGUGUGGACAUGGCCUCAGUGGAUGUUUUCAUGUUUUUGGUGGGGUGUCAAUAUACUGUAAACCAAGUAAACGGAUUUUUUUGAUUGUUUAAGUCAGCAAGGUUGUAAUUUAUUGAUUUAUGAGUUUGCAGAAUGUAUUUAAUGCUUUUCAUUGAUGUUUGUUCCCUAAAAGACUCUUUGUAGAACUACUGAGUCGAUGAUGACGAUGGCUUUGUCCAUUUGUAUUGAUUUUUAUAAUUUUUCUUACAUUUCAUUAUUGUUAAAUAUGGCUUUGGUUUGUUGCAAAUCACUUUGUUACAGACUGCAUAAACUAUUAAUAAUACAUACAGUUGUCUUCAAAUGCAUUUAUCUGCCAAGUUUAAUGUAUUUAUGGGUAGUCUUGAGAAAAUAAAGCAUCAAAGUCUGAAAGAA